UAUUUCUCUAAUUUCCAACUUCAUCAGGCAAGUUGUGCCAGUAACAGGCUAAUGCAGUAUCAGCCGCCAUCUAAACCUUGAGCGAACAUUUUCGCGGCGAGCUUCUCGAAUCCGAUUUUCCUGUUUCCUUUCAGUUCAUCCAAUCGACACAAACGUCCCUAGGGUUUUGUAGGAGAGGAAAAGAAGUAGACCUCAUUACAAAUUCGUAGUUUUCGUUUCCCAAAUUUUCUUCGGCCAAUGGCGCAGCCGAUGGAUGUUCUUCGAGCAGCCGCUGAGGGGGUGUCGACUUCUUCGACCAAGCAACGGAUUCGCAUAUUUCGUGAAAACCUGCUACCACUGCUGCAGAUCAAAGAGUUAUCUUCCGAUGUUGCUGAUUUACUUGUCGCUUUAGUUUUUCAAACAUUGUUAAUCUAUGAUGACCGGCCAUCAAGGAAAGCUGUUGAUGAUUUGAUUAUUACGGCUUUGAGAAGUUCAGCCUUCAUGAAGUGCUUUGCUGCCGUCCUUGUUCAAUCCAUGGAAAAGUAUUCGAAGAAUGAUUGUUCGAUAGGAAGUUUUAAACUAUUAAAGUGGUCAUGCCUUCUCUUGAGAUGGAGCCAAUUCACAUCUUUGUCUAAGGGUGGUUUUUUGAGACUUGCAACUGCACAAGCAUUCCUAUCUCAAAGCCUUAUGCAUGGAGCCUACCGAAGGCGCAGAGCUUGUAAAAAGUGGUUUUUUCAUAUUUUUUCUGAGGUAAGUGUUUUGGAUACAGCCUAG